UUAGCAAGCUAAGUGCAGUUAAAUUCGUGGCAAAUUCCCUGUACUGCUUUGUUAAACGUCGGCUCGGCCCACUUUCUUUGUUGCGCAUGAGAGCGUUUAUGUUGCCGCCGGCUGUGCACACGGCCCGAUUUUUUUUUUGCUGCUCUCUUUCUGUUCAGUCGAUCUGACAAUCUGAUACGUUUCAGUUUGCCGAUUUAAUCCUCUGCUGUUUUCGUUUAUCCGCUGUUUUCGUUAUCCUGCUUUCGAGAUUUUUCAUUCGGUUUACAAUUCAGAUUUUUUAUUUCGUUUGUGAAAUCCAUUAACGAUGCCUCCAUCCACGAGGAGCAAGAAGACAGCCAAGAAUCCGCGUCGUGCCACUGGAAAACCUCGUGGCACAGCGCCCACGAAGCGCUUGAAGAGCGUCAUCGUUCGCCCUGAGCCAGCGGAAGUUCAGUUAUUGGAGCCCACCCUUCAGUCCAUUUUUCAGCAGCAGCAAAAGCACCAACAGCAGAUGGACUCGUUGAUUGCCAUUGUGAGAAACCAGCCACCGCAGGCUGCCCGGCCGCUUUCGCCCUCAUCUAAUUUGCGGAUCCAGCUUGGUGACGACUUCGGGAGAAUCGUGCACCAGGUGGACUCCCCGAGCAAGGCAGACAAUGGAAAAGAGACGAAGCGUCGGAAGCGAGCAAAGCCGUUUCCGUCGGUUAGCGCCACAGGCGGAGCAACUGCCGGUGGACUGUCCCGACAUCUUCCCGGACCUCAAGGCAGCCUUCUGCAAUCCCCAGAGCUGAACGAAUUGCUGCAGGCUCAUAUCGCUGAGUCUACUCGGGCAACGUACAACACUGCCUUCAACCAGUUCAAACAGUACUGUGCGGCUAAAUCGCAGCCAUCCCUGCCGGCUACGCCGGGAACUGUUGCGGAAUUUGUAGCGAAAUUAUAUGCAGAUGGUAAAUGCUAUCGGACGGCCACGGUUUACCUCGCCGGCAUCCGGAAUCAUCACCGUGAAGUGAACGCAGUUAAUCCCACAGACAACGACAUCGUUUACCGCGCUCUUGAAGGCUACCGCCGGUUAGCAGCGCCACAGAAAGAUCGGCGACUUCCGGUGACACUGUCGCACAUGCGAUAUUUGAAAGACGCCUUAAGAGCGGCCGGCAUAUCAGAGUACGAACAGCUCCUGUACUGGACGACGUUCACAUUCCUGUUCUUCGGCUUCUUCCGUAUUGGAGAAAUAACAGCAGCCGCCGCCAACCGUUUUGACCCACAGCGGAUUUUGUUAUGGGGGGACGUAAUGGAUGCUGGCCACCGCCUAACGGUGCAGCUGAAGGUCACAAAGACGGACCAGACGGGGCAAGGUAGUUCUGUAGCGCUGACGGCGACUGGGCGUUCAGUCUGUCCCGUGCAGGCAUACCGGAAUUACCGUGCUCGCGUUUCCGAGCCUGCGAACGAGCAGCCGCUGUUGCAGCGCGAAGAUGGCAAGUACGUCACGAGGGCAGAUGUGGAGAAAUGCCUCAGCCUCCUCCUCAAGAAUCACCCCGAGAGAGAACGGUUCAACACACACAGUUUUCGUAUCGGCGCGGCAACGACGGCCGCCGCCAAUAACGUGCCUGACCACGCCAUUCAACUGGCCGGACGCUGGCGGAGCAACUGUUACACCCGCUACAUUCGCCACUCCGGGCCACCUGUGACACUGAAUCCCUAUCGGACCGGAUAGAUUGUUUGGGGGCAGUCGGGCGGAAGUGGGGAUACCGGAGACUCGAACCGGUGAGGUCAUCACCUGCACCUUCGAUCUCGUGUAUGCCGCCGCGCCGUCGACCUGUUCUUCCCGCAAACGCCCAACUCUGUCUGCCGUUCGAGUGUACGGAAUUUCCACAAGAAUUUAACUGUACUUAUUUUGCUGAUAUUAUAACAUGGUUCUUUUAUGUAUAAAAGCAUACCGUGAGGCGUGAUAAACGUAAUUUACUUGGAUUGCUUUCAACCCGCCCGGCGUAUAGGCAACUUUCGAGAAAUUACGUCUUUAUAUUUUUAAUUCUUCCUUGAAUUUCUUUCCGAGACUUAAAUUUUUCUAAAAAACCUUGAAGAUCUUUUAAUAACGAACA